UGCUCCACCGCCCAACCACGCCAGCACAUGCCAUCUAAUUCAAGGCUAUCCCUUUGACUUUCUAUUCAACCCCGUGUCUCUCUCUCUCUCUCUCAAAACUUUAAAAUUGAAGCUCCCCACCUACUAUCCAAUCCAAAAAUUUGAUCUUUCCGACUUUGAUUCUGCUUAGCUUUUAGCCAUGUUCCAGUCAUUAAUCCCAGUUCAAGCUGUGUUCGACCCCAACGGAGGCGGAUUCAUCUUAAUGCUGCUUUGCUUCUGCUACUCUCUGCCUGCAUCUUUUCAUUAAUGAUCGCUCCGUUCUUUUCGAAUUCACGUGCCUGUUAUCUCUUAUUGGUGCACGUACAUACUUGAUUGGCCUUACAAUCGGAAGCGGAGACAGGAAAAGGAAGGUGACCAUGAAGACUGGAUCGCCACUUGUUCCCCGAUGUGGGUUGUUGAUUAUCAUCAGCGCUCUUCUGUUACUUGAAACAUCGACAGUGGCAGACCCCAGAUCCCAAACCGCGAAGAUACUUUGUUCAACUGUGUUAGAGCAUAAUACAACGGCUUUUGUACCCAAUUUCGUGAGCACAAUGCAAGCAAUCAGUGACCAAAUGCGAACUGGUGGUUUUGGAGUGGCACGUGUGGGUAAAGGGCCGGACGCCAACUACGGACUCGCUCAAUGUUACGGAGAUUUGUCGCUGAUGGAUUGUGUGUUGUGUUACGCGGAAGCCCGUACUGUCCUUCCUCAAUGCUUCCCUUUCAACGGCGGCCGGAUUUUCCUGGACGGCUGCUUCAUGAGGGCUGAGAAUUACAGCUUUUAUGAGGAAUUUUCGGGGCCUCUUGACAGGGCUGUGUGCGGUAACAAUUCCAUCACCAACUCCGUUUAUGGACAGUCGACCAGGCAGGCUGUGGCCCGUGCAGUCGAAGCUGCACCCAACAAUGGAGGGUAUGCGAGAAUUCAAGUGGCUCUCCCUGGAACCCCCAAUGCCUCGGUUUACUUGUUGGCUCAGUGCUGGAGGAAUCUGAAUCGCAGCUCCUGCACUUCCUGUUUGCAAAACGCCUCUGCUUCUAUCUUGAAAUGCUUGCCUCGAUCUGAAGCAAGAGCCCUCAACACAGGUUGUUUCAUGAGAUACUCUAAUGUUGACUUCUUAAAUGCAGAAGCUCAAGCUACAAGGUCAAGAGGCACCAUUGUAGCAAUUGUAGUCUCACUGGUGAGCUCUGUUGCUGUUUUAGUGGUUGGAGUGUUGAUUGGCAUCUACAUCUGGAAUAAUAGAUAUGUGAACAACAAACGAAGGGGUUCAAACGAUGCAAACAAGAUGGCAAAAACACUAAACAAUAGUAGCUUGAAUUUCAAGUACUCUACCCUUGAAAAGGCAACAGGGUCCUUUGCGGAGGCUAACAAGCUUGGACAAGGAGGAUUUGGCACCGUUUAUAAGGGAGUUCUGUCGGAUGGAAGAGAGAUAGCUGUGAAGAGGCUGUUCUUCAAUAACAAACAUAGAGCAGCAGAUUUUUACAAUGAAGUCAACAUAAUUAGCAGUGUGGAGCACAAAAAUUUAGUGAGGUUGCUUGGGUGUAGUUGCUCUGGACCUGAAAGCCUGCUGGUGUAUGAAUUCCUUGCCAACAGAAGUCUGGACCGCUUCAUUUUUGAUGGAGAAAGAGGUAAAUCACUGAAUUGGGAGAAGAGGUUUGAUAUUAUUGUGGGAACGGUUGAAGGGUUGGCUUACCUGCAUGAGAACUCAAAAAACAAGAUCAUUCACAGAGACAUCAAGGCUAGUAACAUACUGCUGGACUCAAGGCUUCGAGCUAAAAUUGCUGAUUUUGGAUUAGCUAGAUCCUUUGAAGAAGAUGUGAGCCACAUCAGCACUGCCAUUGCUGGAACCUUGGGAUAUUUGGCGCCAGAGUACUUAGCUCAUGGGCAGCUGACGGAGAAGGCAGAUGUGUACAGUUUUGGUGUGGUGUUGCUGGAGACGGUGACCGGGAGACAGAACAGCAGGAGCAAAGCCUCGGACUACUUGGAAAGCAUAGUACUAAUUGCAUGGAAGCACUUUCAAGCGGGGACAAUGGAAAGGAUAUACGACCCAAACCUUAUGGUUGAAGGAGAUGGAAGCAUGAAAGAGGAGAUAUUGAGAGUGGUGCAGAUCGGGCUUCUUUGCACACAGGAGAGCGCAUCUCUGCGACCCACAAUGUCCAAGGUACUGCAGAUGCUGAGGAAGAAGGAAGAGAAGCUUCCGGCGCCGACCAACCCACCCUUCAUGGACGAGAGGACGAUGGAACUGAACGACACCAGUGAGGACCCAUCCUACUUCAACAUGACGGAAGCGUCUUCCUCAGCGGCCACCGUGACCCACAGUUCAUUUCAUCCCAGGCGAGGGCCAAGUUCAUUUCAAUUCUUAACAAAAUUAUUGCUUUCAAGAAAAGAAAGAGAGAGGAAAGCCGCCGCCGUUGAAUCUUUUGACUGGAGAUGGUGUCGUGAGGUCUCGUUUCUUACGCUCAGGGACUCGUCGUUUCUUCAGGAUGUUUUCUCCAGCUCCUCCUCCUCCUUCCUCGUCUUGACCUCUUCUUCUUCUUCUAUUUCUUCUUCGCCACCUUACGGACUCAACACAACCCCAGAAUCAAUGGCGAUCCAGCUUCAUGUCUUAUUUUCAGUCCUUUCUAUUCUUCUGCUGCUCCCAACUUCGAGUAUGGGGAAGCCAAGAGAUCAAACUGUGAAAGUAUUGUGCGGUAAAGAACUCGAGCACAACACCACGGCCUACGUCCCUAACUUUUUUGGUUCCAUGGAAAAGGUUAGACAACAGAUCCGAACUUCAGGAUUUGGAACGGCCGGCACAGGAAAAGGACCUGAUGCCAGCUAUGGGCUUGCCCAAUGCCAUGGAGAUCUCUCCCCCCUCGAAUGUGUGCUGUGUCAUUCUCAAGCACGUACGGUGCUUCCCCAAUGCUUCCCUUCCAAUGGCGGCCGAACUUUCAUCGAUGGCUGCUUCAUGAGGUUCGAAAACUAUAUCUUUUUUGAUGAAUAUAAAGGACCCGAAGACACUGCAGUUUGCGGGAACUUGACCCAAAAUGACCCCAACUACAGACAAGCAGCCAAGGAGGCAGUGAUGCAAGUAGUCAAUGUUGCACCAGGCAACAGAGGCUUUGCGAAAGCUCGAGUGGCUAUGGCCGGGAGAGCAAAUGAGUCCGCAGCUUACGCUCUGGGCCAGUGCUGGAGAAGUUUGAACCGCAGCUCUUGCAGAUUAUGUUUGCAAAUUGCUUCUGCUUCAAUGUUGUCAUGUUUACCUCUAUCGGAAGGGCGAGCACUGAACACAGGCUGCUUCAUGAGAUACUCGAACACAGACUUCCUCAAUAAGGACAUAAAAAUUAGUUCCAGAGGUGCCACAAGAACCGAAUUGAUAGUUUCGGUCCUGAGUUCUGUUGUUGUUUUGAUAAUCGGAGGAGCAAUUGGUGCUUAUAUCUGGAAGCACAGAUAUAUACAAAAUAAAAGAAAAGGAGGUUCAACUGAUGUGAAGAAGUUAGCAAAAACUCUUCAAGAUAGUAACUUGAACUUCAAGUACUCAACCCUUGAAAAAGCUACCAACAAUUUCAGCCUGGAUAACAAGAUUGGACAAGGGGGGUUUGGCUCUGUUUAUAAGGGAACUCUACCUGAUGGAAGAGAGAUUGCUGUUAAGAGAUUCUUCUUUGAUAACAGACAUAGAGCAGCAGAUUUCUACAAUGAAGUAAACAUGAUCAGCAGUGUCGAACAUAAAAAUCUUGUAAGGUUGCUUGGAUGCAGUUGUUCUGGACCUGAAAGCCUACUUGUUUAUGAAUUCCUACCGAACAAGAGUCUCGAUCGCUUCAUUUUUGAUACCAAGAACAGUAAAGCUCUUGAUUGGGAUAAGAGAUUUAACAUCAUCAUUGGAACAGUUGAAGGUUUAAUAUAUCUACAUGAAAAUCCAAAGAUCAAAAUUAUACACAGAGAUAUAAAGGCCAGUAAUAUUUUGCUGGAUCAAAAGCUCCAGGCGAAAAUAGCAGAUUUUGGAUUAGCAAGGUCUUUCCAAGAAAACAAGAGCCAUAUCAGCACCGCUGUUGCAGGAACCCUAGGAUAUAUGGCUCCGGAGUAUCUAGCUUAUGGUCAGUUAUCAGAAAAGGCUGAUGUCUAUAGCUUUGGAGUGCUUUUGUUAGAAAUUGUUGCAGGAUUGCAAUACAAUGGCAUUCAAGUCUCCGGAAACAUUGAAAGUCUGGUCACUGCUAUGUGGAGACAUUUCCAAGCAGGCACAGUUGAGAGGUUAUUUGAUCCAAAUCUCAACCUUCAGAAUCACUACAACAAGGAAGUAAAAGAUGAGGUAUUGAGAGUGGUGCACAUAGGGCUCUUGUGCAUCCAGGAGAUUCCUACUCUACGACCAACAAUGUCGAAGAUAAUGCGAAUGCUGACAAUGGAGGAGGAAGAGCACCUUCCUCCACCCACCAAACCACCCUUCAUGGAUGAAAUGACCAUGGAACUUGAUGACUCAUGCAAGGACUCACGAUAUUAUUCCAAUACGGAGGGCCCUUCUUCAACUGCUACGGUCAGCCAUAGUUCUUUUUAUCCCAGAUAACAACCAUAAACCUUGGACCCCUCUAAAGCUCCCAACCCUACAAAAGCAUCCUCAAGAAUAGAAGUGGCUUACAUUCCUCGCAUAAAUGGUCUCUUGAAAGCCACGAAGAGAAAGGAUCCAUUAGCCAGAGGGUAGCCACCACUAAGCUUUCAAACAAACUGACAUUUGUAGAUAUGGUGAAGAGAUAAUAAGUUGACCAUAAGUUCCAAAAGGCCAGUCGAGUUGAGCUUAACAGGAUUUGAUUUUGAGUUCUUCAAGAUUUUAGCUUCUCAAAACUCCAUUAUGUAUACAGCCACUUAAUUAAGUUUCAAUGUUUAUUAUCCAGAGUUGGGCAGAGUGGCAAAAAGAAACUAUAUGUUGAGUUAUAAUGUCUUCAUUACAUUUACCACAGAAAAAAUGUACUAGAAUUUGGAUGAUUU